GAUUUAUUUUACGGAUAUUAACAGUAUAUUACAGUAUAUAGCAUGAAUAUUGAAAAGAAUAUAAACACUAGAAAUUAUUGGAUUUAAGAUAAUUAAGUACUUUUUUUUAAAUUAACGCAAAAUACAUCAAUUUUAAUUAGUUCAAAAUGUUGAUUAAAAAGUUGAGACGAUAAGAAAAUUGCUCUUAGAAUCUUAGCGUCAGAUUUCAAUAUAUCAUCUUGAUAAUUAAACAUGGAAACUCUUAAAAGCACUGAGGAGGAGCUAGAAAAUUAACCUAGCUCGAAAUGCAUCUGUAAAAGCAAUAAAAGGAAUUAUAACCUGAACUGGCUGUGAGGUAGUCUACCGAAAAGAAUUUUUUCGGAUUGAAGAGACAUUAACUGAAUCAACAUUACAAACAGCUAAACUAUCGGAAAAUUGAUAAUUAAAUUUUAAAAAUACUUUAAAUACAAAAGGUGCAAAUAAAAUAAUCGUCAAAAUAAAUUUUAACUAAUUUAUGUUAAUACGAAGAGAAAAUUAUGUGUCCGAAGAAAACUGAAGAUUUAUUCAAAAUUAUCAUCAACCUAAACUGCAAAUACUCUAGUAAGAAGUUAAAACAUUUCAUUUAAUUGAUAUACUUUGAAAUGCAUUUGAAAGUCAACACAUUCUUAUUUUUAAAACAAAAAUAAUUGUUUUUAUCAGAAAAGUAUUGUGGCUAGAUUAAAAUAGAAUAAAAACAUUUUCUUCAAAUAUGGAUACAGUAGAAUGCAAUACUUGUGGCAGAGAAUUUAAAGGACAACGUGGAUUAUCAAUCCAUAAAGCAAAAAGUAGUUGUGGAUAUUCAACAAAUAGUUAUUGUAGUUUAGUUUCAGGGUAUUCAACAAAUAGUUAUUGUAGUUCAGUUUCGCGUUAUUCAACUUUAUCAAAUGUAGAAAUGGCAGAAUGUAAUACUUGUGGCAGAGAAUUUAAAGGACAGCUUGGCUUAUCUAUUCAUAAAGCAAAAAGUAGCUGUGGGUCUUCAUCGAACAGUAGUUGCAGUUCGUCAGCAUAUUCGUCUAUGUCAAGUGCUAGUAUAAUAUCAUGUAGUACCUGUGGAAAGGAAUGCAAAGGACAGCUUGGCUUAUCCAUUCAUAAAGCAAAAAGUAGCUGUGGGUCUUCAUCGAACAGUAGUUGCAGUUCGUCAGCAUAUUCGUCUAUGUCAAGUGCUAGUAUAAUAUCAUGUAGUACCUGUGGAAAGGAAUGCAAAGGACAGCUUGGCUUAUCCAUUCAUAAAGCAAAAAGUAGCUGUGGGUCUUCAUCGAACAGUAGUUGCAGUUCGUCAUCAGAAUAUUCGUCUAUGUCAAGUAGUAAUACUUCUAGAAAUGAACUUAAAAGAAACUGUAAUUUUCCUUAUCACAGAACAAAGAACUUUACAGGAUAUUCUUCGCCGCAUUUUCCUGGAACUUCAUUAGAUUCAUUGUCAAUAAUAUCAGAGUUAGAUAAUGAUUGGGGAGAACCAUUCGAAGAUGAAGAUUUAACUAUUUCCAAAAUACCCGAAUCUGACAAAACAAAUCAGAGCUGCAAUGAAAAGAAUUUCGACCUAUGUGAACAAUGGUUAAAUAAUUUGGAAAAACCAGAUCUUAAUGCUCACUCUUACCUUCCUAUUUACAAUCCAAAAGAACAUUUAGAAUCUCGUAAUGUACGUAAACUUCCUGAUAAUUUCAAUGAAAGCUCACAAUCAGACAGUUGGCCUGAAAUAGGUGUAAAUUUUAAAGAAGGAACAAUUAGUGAAGAAGAAAUAUAUUAUCAAAAUCUAAUCAAUGAAAUGCCUAAAAGACCUAACAACUGGCGAUUGAAUAUGAAAACAUUUGCAGAACGACUUUCUUUUAUUUUUAAGAAAAAUUUAUAUUCUGAUAUUAAAUUUGAAAUAAACUAUGAAAAUGAAUCGAUUGUGGUUUUGAAUGGACACAAAUUCAUUUUUGCUUUAGUAAGUCCUGUUUUCUAUACGAUGUUUUACGGACCUCUUCUGAUGGAUAGCAAAAUGGUCAUCAAAGAUGUUUCUCCAAGAGCAUUUCAGAACAUGCUAACGUACAUUUACACCAAUAAAGUUUCCAUGGAUAAUAUCAACGAUGCUAUUAAUAUCUAUUAUACUUCGAAGAAAUACAAAGUUUAUAAAUUGGAAAAAGAAUGUGACGAAUUUAUUAGCAACAAACUCAAUGACAAAAAUGUUUUUUACAUUUUUGAAUUUUCGAUUGCUAUGAAGUUGAAAAAAUUACAAGAAAAAUGCAAAGAAAUUAUGAACCAGAAUCCUGAAGUUUAUCUUAGAUCACAGCAGUUUUUGACCUUGAAUCUGGAAUCGAUAAUAAUAAUAAUACAUGAAUGGUUUUUAACAAGUAAUAUUUCUAAAGAGUUGCUCGCUAACAAAUUAGCAGAAUGGGCUGCAACUGAAUGUAACGUAACAGAAGUUCACGUUACAAUAGAGAAUUUAAAGAAUCUUCUGCAACCUGUUCUAGAUGGAAUUGACUCUGAAAGUUUUUCAAUUUUAGUUAAAAAUGCAAUUUUUCGACAUGUGUUCUCUGUUUAAUAACAAUUUUAAAAAAACCGUAAAAUUUCUCUUCAGAAAUACAGUAAAAUUCUUAUCGUUGAUGUUGUCAAAUACACAGUUAAUCUGCCGCUCUUGAGAUCUGGGCUGAGUCUAGUUUGAAACCCACAAUUUUUUAUGGUGGGUAGUCCAGGUAUGUCGUUCCUAUUGUGGGCUUAGCCGAACACGUGAUGAGCAUAGAAAAAAAUACACCCUCUUGGCGUCCAUAGUGCGGAGAGUUAAAAACUAUAAAACACAGUAGACUGUUUGUAGUAAAUGCUGGAUAAAACUUACUCGCAUUUGAUUAAAAAGACCAAAAAGUUUUUAAGUUUGUAUGUAUAAAUAAAAAUAAACUUGUGAUACUGAAGAGAGAUUAAGCAAAGGAACCUCUUAAAUACACUCUAAUGCUAAUCUUAUAUAGAAAAUUCAAGGAAGAAAAUUAGCAGAAAUUUUUCAGAAUUACCACCAACAUUCAUUCAACACGUACAGCAGCCAUGUGGCGCUUCUUCCCAUUAUCAUUAAAAUUUUUUAAAUUAGCUCUUCAAUACAAAUCCCUAUCUAAAAUUUUUUUCGAUUUAUCUGCAUUAUAGUAGUAGGCUAUAUAUAAUAUAUGCAGACAGAAAGGCACAAUCUAAAUAAAAGCUGGCAAGAGUCAAGCUCGAGUUUUCAAGCUUCGUGUCCAUUGAAACUUUCAAUCAGUGAAGAAUUAUGACAUACUAAAAUUUCAACCAAUUUCAACGAGUCCAAAAUCCAUAAGGAUUGCGCGAGAUCUUUUUUCUGUCUAAAAAAGUAUUUACAGUAAGUUUAUAAAGACACAAGCUUGAAUUUAAAAUUGUGUGUGUGGUCGUUUGUUAUGAUAUUUUAUUUAAAAAUAAAUUUUAUGUUAUUAAUUAUUACAAAAAUGCAAAAGGCUUUAGCAGAUAGAAAUGAGUUUUUAAAAAUAAAAAUCAUAAAUACCAAUAACUAGUAAAAUUUUCAUUAAGUCUGAUCUCAUUCGAUAUAUGACAUAUGACCCUUCUCUAUCUUCCAACUCCUCGACCUUUAAUUACUAAAAGUUCGUAGCAUCAAUGCCCGAUAUAUAUAGAAAUAAUCAUGCCAAGUUUCAAAAUUUUUGGUUCAUCAAGUCCUCAGAUAUAAUGCAAAAUAUAGACACCAACAGACACACAUACAUCAGAAUUUUGUGCGUGUUUUGUAAUGGUUUUUUUAUAUUUUUGGGAUUCUGGAAUGUCGAAACGUCAAAAAGUAAUAGAGGAAAAGGUGGUAUUAUGGAACCACCCCAUUUCGAACUGAUAAUAAAGGCGAACUGUAGCAGAAUGUGGCUGAACUGAACUA